UUUGCAUUCGCUGUCGUUCAAACGUAUUUUUCCGGCCGGAGAGCGCGUAUUCCUCUUUUGAGCUGAAAAGAAAACUCUCAAGGGGGGAAAUUAUUUGCACCAAAACCCAGUAGGCGCAUCAACAGACAGCAUAGGCAUCCUUUUCGAAAAGUUCUGGCUAUUGUGACAUGCAGACUAAAAAUACACCACGUUACCGGCGACAUGUGCAGAAAUUAUUGUAAAACAAUCCUUGCUUGACUGUGAUGAAUCAAAAAUCAAAUAGUUUUCUGUUAAUGCAGUCAAGUGUAUAGGUUUUUUGUCAGUGGAUCGAUAUCGGCAACGAAUCUGUAGUACACAGAAAGUGAACGUGCUAAUUAUUAGAUUUGAAGAAAAAUUAACAGGCCUAUACAAUAAUUAACGAAACCGAAACAUUGCAACUGAGGAGUAUUUGGAGCACAGCCCACAUCGAUAAGACGUUUCCCUCCAAACUUGAAACGAAUCGUAAAGUGUGGAUCUGAACCGAAAAACAGAGGCCGUUGAAGUUUGAGGCAGCUGAAACUAUGCCAGUACGGUUGAUUUGGCUAAAGAAAAAUGCGAACAAGCUGUAACGGUUACAGAGUGCCAGCUAAAAUAGAUGGUAGGAGGAGAAAAUAAAAUCCAAAAUUUACCAAAUCAGGAAAUAACGGAUUAAUUGUUGCUGCAUCGAUCAAAGACUUUACUCGCAACGAGAACGCAACUACCUAGUAGAACCACAAUGAGCAAUAGGGUUGUUGAAUGCAUAAAAUGCUUCUGUGGCUGCGAUGAACUCACCAAAGAUCGGAUUCAGGAGCUUCUGUAUAAAAAAAUUCACGGAUUCCUAAAUGACGAACCAGCUGUCGCCAUGUUUGAAAAGUUUAUCCCGCCGGAUUCUCGUACCCACAAACAUAUCGGUAUUAUUCGGCAGGCGAAGCACUACCAGGAAGAUGUGACACAAGUCGACAAAAGUUCCGAUGAAUGGGAGGAAUUUGGGGAAGAUCUAGAGGAACAUCUAGAGGACGAGCUGAAGGAAAAUGACGACACCCGGGAAGCCCUCGAGAAAGUUAUCUUUCAUUACAGUAAAAAGAUAGAAGUUUCACAGGACUAUACGAACUUUCAGCAAAACUUGAAAGCGAAGUAUAAAAAUAGGUUCAAGCAGAUGAAAAGGUCCGGAGUUACCUCGUAGAAUGUGUUGGAAUAUCUUCCGGUAAGAUAUGGUUCCUCAAGAUUGUUGGAAGGAUACAAAUCCUAUACCGAUAAGGCCUUAAUUUAUUGACCUAGUGAUGUACAUUUAAGCACUUAAGCGUGUUAUUAAAAUCUUAUGGUUAAAUCUCAAA